AUGUUGGGAAUUCCAAUUGUACCCCGAACGGGAAUGGAAGUAGCAGUAGUGGCAGCAGAACUGGAAUGUCUUGCUCACGUGCGCGGAUUAUGUGUAGCAACUCUGCAAUUCGCGGUGGUAGCAGCGGAAGUGGCAGGCGGUGGUCGUAUAAGACCACCAGAAGUGAUCAUGAGAGAAGGAAGUGGUAGCAGUCCAAUCGCAUCUGUACCGGCACCGUUUGUUCCUGAAGAUCUUAUAUCACAAGCACUAGUAGUAUUGCAAGGGAAAAAUCGUAAUUUGAUUAUCAGAAAGUUACAGCGUAAAAAUUUAGAUGUAAACUUAGCAGUAAAUAAUCUUUUGUCGAGAGAGGACNAAGAAAGUGAUGAUGCGGAAGAUGCAGCUGAGAGUUAUGUUCCCGAAGAUCUUAUAUCAUUAUUAGACGAUGGCUUUANUAACGAGCAUUCCGUUAUAAUUGAUGCUGAUUUCAUGUUUUCCGAANAUAUGUUUGGAUACACUGGAAUAAGACAAUACUUAACUUUUGAAUUUCAUACUACAUAA